AUCCAAGCAGAGAAGAUGCUUUUCUUCUACUCCUGCCACAGCAAGAUUUUUAAGAAAGGGGAGACCAGGAAAGCAGCCAAGCACAGAGCCCUCGCUGAGGAGGUGGGGUGCUGCUGCCAGCCCUGCUUUUAUGCCCCCAGGCAGCAGGAGAGCAAAGGAGGCAGAGCUGCAGGGCUACAAAUCCCAGGGCAGCCAGGCUGGGGUGUUUGGCUCUCUGGGCAGGAGGAGCGGCAGAAAAAAGCCAGGUUGCCUGAGAGCAGUGACGGCUCCAAGGACUCGGACAGCUCUGCCGGACGCCGGGGCAGCACCAGCCGGAAGCACGGGCGAUGGCGGGGACGGCCGGACAGCCCCGGGGCGCUGGUGUCCAAGGUGGUGAGAGCUGUCACGGCGAGACACAAACCGGGCCGGAGGCUGCCGGUCGCACCGGACUCCUCCAACCGGAGGAACCUGACGGAGCCGCGCGGGGAGGCCCAGCUGGCUGUCUUCCAGCAGGGAGACACGGGCAGUGUGGAGGGGGCUCCCCAGCCCACUGAGAACAGCUUCACCCCCAAGUGCGAAAUCACGGGCAAAGAUGCGCUCUCGGCACUGGCCCGGGCCAGCAGCAAGCAGUGCCAACAGGAGAUCGCCAACGUGGUGUGCCUGCACCGGGCUGGCAGCCUCAUGCCCCAGUCUGUGCCUCGCCACUGCCAGCUCUCGGGCAAGGUCAGCCCUGUCAUCCAGUGGGACGAGAGCCGGCUGCAGCAGGCACCCCCGAGCAAGCCCGUGCGCAUCGCCUACAUGCUGGUUGUGCAUGGCAGGGCCAUUCGCCAGCUGAAGCGGCUCAUCAAGGCUGUGUACCACCAGCAGCACUUCUUCUACAUCCAUGUCGACAAGCGCUCCAACUACCUCCAUCGCGAGGCGGUGGAGCUGGCCCGGCACUACCCCAACAUCCGCGUGACGCCCUGGCGCAUGGUGACCAUCUGGGGAGGUGCCAGCCUGCUGAAGAUGUACCUGCGUAGCAUGAAGGACCUGCUGGAACUGGCUGAGUGGCCCUGGGACUUUUUCAUCAACCUGAGCGCUACUGACUACCCCACAAGGACCAAUGAGGAGCUGGUGAUGUUCCUGUCCAAAUACCGAGAUAAGAACUUCCUGAAGUCUCAUGGCCGAGACAAUGCCAGGUUUAUCAAGAAGCAGGGCCUGGACCGCCUGUUCCACGAGUGUGACUCACACAUGUGGCGCCUGGGUGAGCGCCACAUCCCCGAGGGCAUCGUGGUGGACGGGGGCUCCGACUGGUUCUCUCUGACGCGCAGCUUUGUGGAGUACGUGGUCUAUGCCGAGGACCAGCUGGUGUCCCAGCUGCGCCAGUUCUACACCUACACGCUCCUGCCAGCCGAGUCCUUCUUCCACACGGUCCUGGAGAACAGUCACGCCUGCGAGACACUGGUCGAUAACAACCUCCGAGUGACCAACUGGAACCGGAAGCUGGGCUGUAAGUGCCAAUAUAAACACAUAGUCGACUGGUGCGGGUGCUCCCCAAAUGACUUCAAACCCCAGGACUUCCUCCGGCUACAGCAACUCUCCAGACCCACCUUCUUUGCCCGCAAGUUUGAGUCAACGGUGAAUCAGGAGGUGCUGGAGAUCCUGGACACGCAUCUCUAUGGCAGCUACCCCCCCAACACGCCGGCCCUGAAGGCGUACUGGGAGAACGUCUAUGACCGAGUUGAUGGGCUCAGCGGCCUCAGCGAUGUCACUCUCACCUUCUACACGGCCUUCUCCAGGCUGGGGCUCCGCAAAGCCGCAGCCACGCCGGCAGGGAAGGCUGACAAGCUCUGCAGAUUUGAGCCCCGGGGCUUCCCAUCCAGCGUGCACUUAUAUUUCUAUGACGACCGUUUCCAGGGUUACCUGGUGAUGCAGGAAGUGCAGAAUUUGGCGACUGGGCAGGCAGAGUCCCUGGAGAUGUGGAUGAUGCCCCAAGGAGCUCUGAAGCUGGCGGGUCAUGGCGGGCAGGCAAACCGCUUACAAAACCUUGAGGUGGGCACGGAGUGGGACCCCAAGGAAAGGCUCUUCCGCAAUUUUGGAGGCUUGAUGGGGCCUUUUGACGAGCCAGUGGCCAUGCAGAAGUGGUCGCGGGGCCCCAACCUGACAGCCACCGUGGUGUGGAUCGACCCCACCUAUGUCAUCGCUGCCUCCUACGACAUCACGGUGGAUGCUGAGGCAGAGUUCACCCAGUACAAGCCCCCCCUCAAUCGGCCCCUGCGCCCCGGCGUCUGGACCAUCCGCCUCCUCCAGUUUUGGGAGCCACUGGGGGAGAACCAGUUCCUGGUGGUGCCCCAGACCUUCAACCGCAAGCAGCCUCUCAGGAAAGAUGACAGCAACUGGCUGCACGGCGGGCCUCCCCGCAACGAGUACACGGAGCAGAGCUUCCAGGGCCUGGGGGGGAUCCUCAACCUGCCACACUCUGAGGCGGCAGCGGAGGACGCGGUGCGGAAGGCGCAGCUGACGGGCAAGGCACUGGAGGACUGGGCAGACAGUGCCAUUGGCACCUUCUGGUCCGUGGCGGACAUCUGCAGCGGCAGCUCCUCUGCUUGCACCUCCCUGGAGACCUGCAGCAAAACCUCCUGGAGCUCCCUCUCCCCGGACCCCAAAUCGGAACUGGGGCCCGUCAAAGCUGACGGGCGGCUGAGGUAGCAGGAGCAGCUGGGGGGGCGGCCUUGGGAGCGAGGAGCAUCCUCCGUCACUGGCGUGGGGCAGGUCUCCAGACUAUGUCACCCCGUGCCAUUUGCACCAUAGUCACUCGAGGAAGAGAGAACAGGAACCUGAAGGCAGGGGGAAAACCUCCUCCCGUGGGAUAUUUUGGGCGGAGGGGGAGGUGUGAGGCGGGUCUUGCCCACCUCCCCCAGGAACAGGCACUCGCUGGCCAGGGAGAGCGUGCCGGGGGCACGGAUGGCUCUGGCGGCUGGGGAGAGCUGUGUGUUUGUUACUGCAGGCCUCAGAGCCUCGGGGAGGGGUGACAGCAGAGGGAAGGCUGGCGGAUGGGCAGGCUUUGGACCAGCUCAGCACCCUGCCCAGCCCCGGGCUGGAUCCCUGCAGGAUCAGGCCCUGUGCUGCUGGCUGCCCCCCUGGGAGGGCUGGUAGGGGGCUCUAGGAACAGGCAGAAGAAGAAAGGGUCGAAGCCUGCCAUGUGCAUGGAGCUGCUGCUGGCCCGGGGUUUGCAUCUCAUCCCCUCCAUCCCAGCCCUUUAGUUUGUAUUUUUAUAAAUAUAUAUAUAUAUAUAUAGAAAUAUAUAUGAUGCAAAGUGCAAUAGAGAGACGAGACCCCGUGUUGGCCGGGAAGUCCUUGUGUCUCCAUCUCCCCUCAGACUGUAACAUCCCUUGUUCUCUUGCGUGUCCUGGCGCUACAGGACAGGGUGCUGGGUUGUUUACAUUUUUUUUUUAGUAGUAGUAUUGUUGUUAUUAUUUUGCUGUUUCCCCAUGCCCUGCUGGGGAACCGCACCCUCCCGCCCCGGGGCAGGGUCGGUCGUGGGGUGCUGCCUGCCCUCCGAGGCAGCUGCCCGACUGUGCCAAACGUUUGGAGGCGCUGGCGUGCGACGGCGAGCGGGGAGAGCGCUCAAUUCACGCUUCAGGUCCAGCGAGCCGCUGUAGAUGCCACCACCUCCAUCUCCGCUUCAGCAAAGGGACGCCUCGGUCCCCUGCCAAAACGCCAUCCCCGGGGCUGAUGUUCCGCUGCGGAUGAGACUGCAGCUUGCUGCGCCCGGAGGGCUGCCCUGUGCCACGGCCCCUUGCCUUGGCCUCUUCUUCUGAGUUGGCAGAAGCUCUUGGGAUCUGCUGUGCUUCCCUAGCCAAAAAGCAAAGAGGCAAGAUGAGGUCCAGCUAGUUCCAUUCACUCUCUGCUGCUUCUGCUUCCCCCUCCUCUGGAGGGAAGAGGCACUGCCUCCUCUGGGGAAGGGGUGCAGCGGAGCAUCCCCUUUCCUCGCCCUCCUCCCAGGCUCGGGGGCUGCCUGUGACAUUCCUUUCUCAAAGACUGAUGCUUCACGGAGAAGUCUGGGUUUGGUUUUCACACAGUGAAGAAGCUUCAUGUGCUCCGUGCGGGACCGCAGCGGGAACUCUCCUUCAGCCUGCUGGGGACGACUGGGAGCCCGCGGGGCCCGACGCCUCCGUGCAAGGCAGGGCCUGCAGGAGCCUGCCGGGCUUUGCCAUCUCCAAAGAUCUGUGCCAUCGUCACCCUCUGCCGGCGCCCGCAGCUCCCCCCGCCUGACAGGGCUCACGGUUUAAGGAUGCUGGUGCCGCAAGAGGCGUGUUGUUGAAGUGGUGUUCCUUCCUCAGGCCGAAGGGAGAUGGAUGGAGGCGUUGGCGCGUGAGGGCAGGUACCUGCUGGUGCCCCAUCCCAUCUCUCCUGUGCCCGCUGCCCGGCAGGGCACCGCGGGGCUGGGGGGGCGAUGACGCCAAAACUCUGUGUCCGAGACGUGAUGUAAAGUUGUCUUAAAUAUGCAACAUCGCCACAAAUAUAUCUAUAUCUCUAC